AUGCUCUUUUCAGACAUGUACAAGUCUCCACGCUCACCGCUGGCCAAGUUCCGCCUGUCCAUGUCACAGCAGCCUCUGGCCUUGGACUUGCCCGAUUACGAUCCUGAUUUACUUAGCAAGGACAAAGAAAAGCAAAAGGCAGCUGUCAAGAAGUACUUGACCGCCAAGAUUCGCAACGAUUGGGAAUUUGUCUGGCCACCAGUCGUACGCCCGCCCCAAAACGGCAAUGCUACACCCGAUGUUAGUGCAACGCCCGAACAAGACACCGCCGAAAAACCGCAACAAGAAGCCUCUGAACCAAAGAUCGAAACUACGGCGACCUCGAGUGAUGAAGCCAUCGACACAAUAGACAGCGAAGAAGAAGACGACGACGAAGAGGAAGAUAGCGACGCCGAAUCCGUGUACAGCACCGUCUCAGAAGACGCGGCGCGUUUCAAGCCUCGCCUAGAAUGGGUGUCUGACCUGUCCGACGAAGACCCUCCCCUAUCUCUCUCUCCAUUCCGUUUCGAUAGCCCCGAUGCAAUCGGCGCGACAGUCAAGGCGUCUAUAGCAGACAAGCGUGCGCGCAGAAGGCGAGCCCUGCGCGAGGAGAUGGAAUGGAAUGAAGGGCUGGCUUGCUUCGAGGCAAGGCGCAAUGCUUGGACAGGCGCAAGAACAGUGCGCGUUCGCACCAAGCCCGUCUCUCCUACGCAGACCUUCUCCCCUCUCUCACCACGCCGCCUGUUUUUCCGCUCUUCGUUCUCGCAUCCUCAGCCCGCUCCCGCCUCACCCGCCUCACCAGCCUCUCCUGCGCACUCUCUGCAGCAACGAGUGAGCAACGAGGCCUCGGCCGCUGUGUCAGACGGCUCUGAGCUGUCCAAGGACCCGUCCAAGGAACUCACCGCGGUUAAGUCCAAGGAGUCUCAAAAGUCGACGGCAUCUCCCACGUCAACGACAUACCCCGUUGAGACACUCAUUCCUGUCCCAGCGCCACUGCUCCCACCGGGUAACCCAAUGCGCGCGUCUAUCACUCCCUCCGUAUACAUCUCUCUAUACGAGAAGGUGAUUGUGCACGCGCUGACACCUUCAUGUCCCGUCAACUUGUCAGACAUGAUCCGGGCGUGUGUGGUUGGCUGGAAGCGGGACGGCGAGUGGCCACCGAAGCCCUCAGCCGCGGAGCCUGGUAUUGUGGCCGUACGACGGCGGAAGAAGUCAGUGGCGGACGGGCAGGGCCCGAGUCCCACUCGGAGGAUGAGCUUCGGCUUUUUGGGCAGAGGAGAGAAGGCGGCUGAGGCUCAGGACGACGGCACCGGGAAGGGUAUUAGGAAGAGCCUUCAAAGAGUGUUGGGUCUUGGGCAUCACCAUACUGCCUCCACUGGCUCCGCCAAUGGGGGUAACAAC